AUGAUCGAGGAACAUGCAACCACUUUCUUUUUUCAUGCCUCGGAGCGUUGCGGGCAGAAUGAUAGUCUAUUUUUUUAUGGGGCAAAAAUAAAUCCAGAUCAUGAUCAUUUCUCCCAAACCUUACUCCUUUUUCUUUCGUUCCUCUUUUCAAUAGGCAUACAAUACGCAAAGAGGGGCCGCCCUGGCCCAGGAGAUGGUGUUCAAGUUAACUUUAUCUUACAGGAUGGAGAAGAGGUGUCAGUUCAGGCGCAUGAAGGCGAAAGUCUCUUGGAUGUUGCCUGGGCAAAUGAUAUUGAUGUUGAAGGCAUCUUUUUUUUGUUGUUUCUUAUAGGUGCAUGCGAGGCCACACUUGCUUGUUCAACAUGUCACUUGAUUCUGGACCCAGAGUCGUAUAGCAAAUUGGAAGAGCCUACAGACGAAGAGAACGACAUGUUGGACCUUGCAUUCGGACUGACAGAUACAUCUCGCCUUGGAUGUCAAGUGCUGAUGAACAAAGAGCUGGAUGGUAUUGUCGCCAAAUUGCCAACCAUGACAAGAAAUGCGUGA